UUCCCCGGGCUAAAGCCCCGAUAACUGGCAAGUCGGGGGGUAGGGGGGCGCACGACUUAGCUGGCUAAUAGCUUUUGAGGCUGGCUGGCUGACUCGAUGGAUGCAUAAAUUAUGAUGGGUUCCCAUAGUGGCCCCUUCGCCACCACUCCUAACUCACAUUGCGGAAAUCAAUUUCAGGCUUCGGCGGCAAAACAAUGCGGAGCGAUGCUGUUGGGAAAAAGUGCACGAAGGCCGAAGAAAACAAUAACACAAUUUAUAAAAAUAUUUUCAUGCCUUGCAGCUAAAAUGUUAUUAAAGUCAAUAACAUAAAGCCGGGACAAUUCCUUCUGCGUCGACCUCCCGGGAUGAGGGUGAAACUUUGUCAAAUAAAAAUAGCUUACAAAUAAAAACAACUCGGGGCGGAAAAAUAAAAAUCAUCGGAGAGCAGGAGCGAGCCAAACAACUGACCAAGGCAAUGUAAUAAAAAUAAAUAAUGGCUUUGACAAAAAAUAAACGAUGGCUGCGAGAAAGUUUGAAUAUUUAUGAGUUUUUUAUGUGCCAGCAAAGGAGGGACGCCAAGAAAAAACACUCCACUUUAGAAAGAGGAGUUAUAGAGUGAAAGCCGGAACUCUGUUAGGUUUCGCGAUUUUUAAUUCCUCCAUCAUCAAUGAGAAAAUAUAAUUAAUUCACAUAAACAUCUGGCGACUUAUCGUUAACUCAAUCGAGUAGGGAUACCUUUUUACUUCAAGGCAAACAUUCUCCGGAAAACUACGCGUUGUCAGAUUAUAAGCAAUAAUUUCUCAAAAAGAAAGAAGUUUAAAAACUUGAAAUGGAUCUUAAACUGAAGACGCUUUCCCAGACCAUGACUGUGGAAGCCAUAGCAGCCAUUAAGGCCAAACGUCUGGCUAUGAAGCAGGACAUCACAGUGAGGCGCAAUCAGAAAAGGAUGGAGCUGUUGGAUCAAGAUCUUCAGGAGCAGAAACAUCAGAAUGAGAUUUUAAAGAAAGUCGCAGAGCGCGAAAGGCAGCAUCGCACCUACGAUGAGCAGUGGUCUGGCGAGAAGGAUCUGUCGGGAGUCCUUGCAAUAGUUUCCAAGGUCUUUAAUUCCAGCAAAGGGUGCGGCACUAAGAAAAAAGUCCCUUCUCCGAAAGCUGAAGAAGAGCCAAUUGCACUGCCCGAGCAGAAGACGAUUAAGCCCAACCCCAAAACAAAGUACAAUCGCUAUGGGCAGGAGAAGUUCCUAAAGGAUCAGCAGUUGUUCGGCAUCAAUCCGCAGGGCACCAAUUUAGAGAAGACCAAGACCGGACACUUAAGUCCGAAGAGGUGCAAGCUUGAUAAAACCAAGACUGUCAAAAGAGUAUAUCUUCCCAGGCAGAUGGCUAGUCACCACUCACGAAUGCCCAUCAUCGUGGUUCCAGCUGCUCUAAGCAGCCUGAUAACCAUUCACAAUGCCAGGCAACUCCUGCAGGAGAUGCGCUACGUUACCUUGGAACAGGCUCGUCAAUCCUUGUCGGGAGAGAAAAGACUCGACGAGAUCAUCAUCGAGCGUGUGUUCCAGGGCCGAACGGUGAGCUACCGGGUCAUCGACAACGUGUCCCGUCUGAGUCCGCAGGAGUGGGAGCGGGUGUCGGCCGUCUUCGCCUUGGGACCCCACUGGCAGUUCAAGGGAUGGCCGCAGGGCGGGGACCCCGCCCUCAUUUGUCUAAGGGUGUGCGCCUUCCACCUGCACUUCAAGGACAUGGUGCCGUGCAAGGAUCUGCUCGGCUGGCAGGUGCACAUGCUCGACCUGCCUCGAAGCGAGCGCCACUCGGACUGCGCCGUCCUGUCGGGAUUCUGGAACACCUUGGACCAGCACAUGGCCGUUCGUCCCCGUCAGUUUGCGUUUAUGAAGGGGGAGUAGGGUGCUUACCUUCCACUCGGAAAACGCACAGAUAGAGAUAAGCAGGGAAAUCAAUAAAUGAAAUUGAAUAAGCCAGAACAAAGGAAGAAGGACAAAGACCCAAGCACACACACCCGUACACACGCACAUACACACGUGAGGCGGUAGUGCGAUAAUAAAAAGUGAACGGGCGCAUCAGAAAAAUA